AUGCUCACGAUUUACUCCGCAACCUGCACAAGGGAUGGGAAUCCUUGCCACAAAUGUCGAAAAUUGAAGCAGCAGCUGCCCAUUGCAUGCAUACAGGACCGCAUUUCCCAGGGUGUCCCUGAGAGUACUCCAUACAAGUACUUGGGUAUGAGGAGACUCAUAGAGUUGCUUAGACGAAAAGAUCGUCAAAUUAAUGAACUCAAAUUGGGCAGUCUCAAUCGCAACCACAAACUGGAAGUGCUCACCACAUCAAACUUGGAUUACAAGAGAUUCGCUAUGGCUGUAAGCCAAUGCAAUGUCCCUCAUAUCAACAUUCUUGUGCAGUCUGCACUUCGAAACAAGCACGGAAUUAGAGGGAUAAUUCAGCUUCUCACAAGAGCGACAUUAGGAACUUACCGUCCAGCUUACACAGAAGAAGAACACCUAAUAAGCAUUGUGCUGUAUCGACUAGGGGGAGCAAGAGUUGCCGAGUUUGCACACGCUGCCCUAGGGACUCCAGGCCUAACAACAGUCCGAAAACAUUGCAUAACUUCAAUACUUGCAUCCGCAGUUUUCCCAAAACUGGACAAGCUUACACGGAACAUUGAAUCAGCCUAUGAACACUGCACUCUGACAGGGAAAGGGAGAGUUGGACUUGUCUGUAUGUUUGAUGAGAUAAAAGUCAAAGAAGGGCUGGACUGGUGUCCCUGGACCAAUUCUGUCAUUGGCCUUUGCCGCGAACAUUCAAGCUCCUGCCCAUACACCUUCCACAACUUGGAUGAUGCUCAAGUUAUAUGUGAAGAGCUGUCGGAGAAGCGCAUCCACCUAGGGACAGAGGCAACAGUUGGAGCAAUUGGUGCCCUCACCAAAAGCCACCAAGAAUAUAUUGCACGGCCCUUUCUCAUCAGUGCAACAUGCAAAAGCGAGACAGCUGAACAACAUGCAGAUCUCCUUCGGUUGGCAUGGGGAGCAUGCAAAGAGGAGACGUCUCUAAUAGGUGGCCGGGUGUAUUGUCUUGCAUCCGAUGGGGAAUCGCGAUGUGGGAAAGCACUUGUAGCUCUCACAGAAAAGUCCCCCUUGUCAGCAUUCUCACCCAUAUACCCACUCCUUCACGACCUCCACCUUCUAAACAUGAUGGUUGGAGAUGAUGAUAUCACAUCCGAUAAGGAUUACAAACAUGUCAUGAAACGUUUGCGGCAUGCUCACCUCCAUCCCAAAGGUAUCAGAGUCGGUUCCACCCAAAUUACACCCUCACUCCUCCGAAGACAACUUGAAUCAGCAAGCAUUCCCAUAAACCGCAUCAAUAACCUUCUCAAUGUGGCAGACAAGCAAGAUGUCACAACAAUGAUUAAUUUGAUGCAAUUAAUUUGGUCACUCUCACCUCCUUCAUCCACGGAUAACCCCAUUCACCGCCAGGACCGCACUGCUUUGAACCGGCAUUCAAAGCUGCUCCGAUGGCUCAUACUUCCAUAUAUCAAUGUCGAGCUUAGCCUACAUGAUCAGUUAAAAUGCCUCAGUGCUGCGGCUCAUGUAGCAUAUGUAUUCUUCACGCAUGAAAACAUGCGUUCAGCAUACAUCCCAGCGGCUCUCUAUCGGGACAUACAGAUAAUGGUCAAAAAUGCUUACUUUUGUGUUGCAAAAGCGAAGCUUGAAGAUCCGGAUGGGAAAUUCUUCAUUGUCCUUCUGGGCACCGACAGGUUAGAAUGGAUAUUUGGAUUCAUUCGGGCAGAGAAUGGCUAUAAUGUGAAUGUUAGCACUUACAGCCUUUCUAACCGUGUCUCUGGUGCAGUGGAAUGUCAUGCGAUAUUAUCCCAACACCUGGAAUGGGACCGAGGACCACGUCGACUAAGGCUUCAGGGGAUCAGUGACACAGCGGGUGUUGAACAAAAAGUGGAUCACAUCAAUCCAGCCUCAUGGAAAGGCAAUGUACAUCUUGCCAACGUGCACCUAGCCUCAGCAUGGAAAGCGGGCUGUCUUCUUGUGGAAAAUGAUGACGAUCUUGCUGAGUUUAGUCCGGCAAUGAAGUUCAGAAAUCUGGAAUCUCAAAUGGGGGCCGACUUGUUGAACCCUUUCGGAUCAGUAGCACAUGGGACCAUGAUGACGACGGAGAAGAGCUCACCCAAAUGUCGCAAACACAACCUCCAAGUCAAAAAAGCCUUAUCCCAUCUGGAACAUCGAUGUUCGGGUUAUUGGAUUUAG